AUGAAACUGCCGAACAGCGGGAUCUCGCACGAUCACAGUCGCCUCCCGCUUGCGCAGCUUUUGCCUCCGAAUCCCCACUUUCUGCCUUACGAGCUCCCUUUCUUGCCUCCCUGUUUUGAUCUUCCCUUCCCUCUUUCCCCAUUUCCCCUUGCCUUCCCGCAUCCCCUAUUCCCCUAUUCCCGCAUCCACCACCGCAAUUCCCCUUCCCUUGUCCCGAUUACCCCUUACCACCUCCCCGGUUUCCCUUCCCCGCCCCGCAUUUCCCCUUUCCGCCUCCCCGAUUCCCAUUCCCGCUCCGAGUAUCCCCUUUACACAUUUGCGUUUCCCCGUCCCGCACCCCACUCCCCCUUCCCGCCUCCCCGUUUCCCAUUCCUGCUCCCCGUUUCCCAUUCCCGCUCCCCGUUUCCCAUUCCCGCUCCCCGUUUCCUCUUCCCACAUUCGUGUUUCCCCUUCAUGGUCCCCAUUACCCCUUCCCACCUCCCCGUUUCCCCUUCCCGCUCCCCGUUUCCUCUUCUCGCUCCCCGUUUCCCCAUCCCACCUCCCCGUUUCCCCUUCCCGCUCCCCAUUAUCCCUACCCGCCUCCCCGUUUCCCCUUCUCGCCUCCUCGUUUUCCCUACCCGCCUCCCCGUUUCCCCUUUCCGCUCCACCCAACCCACUUAUCUCCAUCUCAAGUCUCGCCAUUCCGUGUGCAAGCCUCCCCAUCCUUCAUCCCCCCGGCUCCCUAAAAUUGCCCCCUUCCCUUCUCCCUCUCCUUUCCCCCUCUCGUUUACCCCGCUUCCCCCUCUCAUUACCCCUGCUUCUCCUUCUCAUUUUCUCCCCUCCUCCCUCUCAUUUCCCCUCAUGCUCCCUCUCAUGUCCCCCCUUUCCCCUUCUCAUAUUCCCUCAUUCUCCCUCUCAUUCCCCCCCCUUCUCAAUCUGAGAUCCCCUCUUUCUCCCUUUCUUUAA